AUAUGCAUAAAUAUCAAGAUCACAUAAAAUAUUAUGCUACAUUAACACUCACAUGCAUCAAAAUAUAUUUAAAAAAUUCUCUUCAUUAUCAGCACUUUACAAUACAUUUCCGCGAGCAGUUAUUGAUUAGACAUGCGUUCUCUCAGAAAGACAACUCGCCGUGCGUUUAUUAAACAGCUCUAAAGAUUCGCGCAGGCGCUCGCUCAAACAUAACGCCAGGGUACUCCUUGUGACUAUUUGUCACACUCAUUGUCAGUACAUCGUGCGCUUCCAUGAAGCAAUCAUGACGUACUCGAAGCGGGUGUCAACAAGCAUCAAACUCACGUCCAAUACCGAUUACAGUCUACAAUUGGCUCGUUGGUUUCUACUGCCAAUCGGCAUUUGGCCGCGAAUGAAUACGGCAACGAAAUUCGAGAAAUUUUCUUCAUGCGUGCAUAUUCUCAUCUGCAUAUUCUUAAUAGCAAUUGUUGCAGUGCCGUGUUUCUUAUACGUGUCAUUGGAAGAAAAAGAUAUCGAGAUAAAAUUGAGCACGAUAGGUCCGCUAAGUCACUGGAUUAUGGGCCUGAUUAAUUACUGUUUGCUUCUUUCACGAAAAAACAAUAUCCGUGAAUGCAUGCGACAUAUGGAAAUGGAUUGGAGACUAAUACAAAAAUUCGAGGAUCGACAGGUGAUGUUGCAACAGGCCAAGUUUGGCCGUUUUGUCGCUGGAAUUUGCGCGAUAUUCAUGCAGAGCGGCGUCUUUCUCUUCUUUAUAAGCAAAUCGCUAACUACUACGAUUGUCAUCAUUGGCAAUGAAACCAUGUCAAUGCAUCUACUAGCUUGGCCGAUUUACAGCAAGUUUAUCGAUACAAGAUUCAGUCCUGCGAACGAAAUCAUGCAGAUUAUAGAAAUGUUAUCGACUUUUAUAGUUAAUUCUGUUACGGUAGGCGCUUGCAGUCUUGAUGCAAUUUUUGCAAUGCACGCGUGCGCUCAGCUGAGUGUGUUAUUUUCGUGGUUAAACAAACUCAUCGUGGACAAAAAUAAUAAUAACGAUUGCGCUAAACAAAGACUCGGUAUUAUAGUGAAACAUCACUUGAGAGUGCUGAGUUUUAUAUCACGUAUGGAAUCUAUUAUGCGAAAUAUCUGCCUCGUUGAAUUGUUGGGAUGUACAAUGAAUAUGUGUUUACUUUCAUAUUAUUUAAUUACGUGGUGGAAUAAAAUUGAUGCGAACAGUUUAAUAUCAUAUACUAUUGUAUACAUAUCCAUGAGUUUCAAUAUUUUUAUAUUUUGCUACAUAGGUGAAAUUUUAACGCAACAGUGUAAAAAAGUUGGUGAAACAGCGUACAUGAUCGAUUGGUAUCGCUUACCUCAUAGAACAGCUCUUGGAUUGAUCUUAAUUAUAUCCAGAUCGAGUGCUGCAAUCAAAAUAACUGCUGGAAAAUUUAUUCAACUUUCCAUUGCGACUUACAGUGACGUUAUGAAAACGUCUUUUGUCUAUCUGAAUAUGUUACGAACUGUCACAGUGUAAGCAUGAAUGCGAUCGUAGAGAUUUUCGAUACUCUUAUUUGUAUAACAUUUUUAAAAUAAAAG